AAUGCACCCAAACAUUCCACAACACAAAUGCACCUAAGUGCUCCCCUAGGCGAUAUUGCUGCUGGGCAUUUCCAGUCGUCAGAGGGAAGAUUGAGUUAGCAAAAGGCAAAAUGAGGAGAUUUGAGAAGCCCGCUGUGGGUAUAGUGCUGGUGUACUUGAUAUGUUUCUGUGCAGAUGCAUCAGAAGCAGUGAAAUACAAGGACCCGAAGCUUCCCGUUGGGAUUAGAAUAAGGGACUUGAUGAAAAGAAUGAGCAUUGCUGAGAAGAUAGGGCAGAUGACCCAGAUUGAAAGGCACGUUGCUUCCCCAGCUGUCAUCAGAAAAUACUUCAUCGGGAGCGUUUUGAGUGGUGGAGGGAGUGCACCGGCAGCUAAGGCCCCGGUUGAGGCCUGGGUGAAUAUGAUAAAUGAGAUGCAGAAAGGUGCUCUCUCCUCCCGUCUUGGGAUUCCAUUGCUGUAUGGGAUUGAUGCCGUUCAUGGACACAACACUGUUUAUGGGGCCACCGUUUUCCCUCAUAAUAUUGGGCUUGGAGUCACAAGAGAUGCAGAACUUGUAAAGCGGAUUGGAGCUGCCACUGCACUUGAAGUCAGAGCUACAGGAAUCCCUUAUGUUUUUGCUCCUUGCAUAGCAGUAUGUAGGGAUCCAAGGUGGGGACGGUGUUAUGAAAGCUAUAGUGAGGAUCACAAGAUUGUGCAGAUGAUGACUGAGAUCAUCCCCGGUUUACAAGGAGAGCUCCCUGCAAACUCUCGUAAAGGCAUUCCCUUUGUUUCUGGAAGCCACAGGAAAAAAGUUGCAGCAUGUGCCAAACACUUUGUGGGGGAUGGCGGCACAUUCAAAGGCAUCGACGAGAAUAAUACUGUUAUUAGGAUAAACGAGUUGUUUGAUAUCCACAUGCCUGCCUAUAUUGAUUCAAUUAGAAAGGGUGUUUCAACAGUAAUGGUAUCUUACUCUAGCUGGAAUGGCAUGAAGAUGCAUGCUAACCAUGCUCUAAUAACCGGCUUUCUCAAAGACAAACUCAAGUUCAGAGGAUUUGUUAUAUCAGAUUGGGAAGGAGUUGACAAAAUUACUGAUCCACCGCGUGCAAAUUACACCUAUUCAGUUCAAGCUGCAGUUCUUGCAGGAAUUGAUAUGGUAAUGGGUCAGGAGAGGUUGGCAGAGUUUUUAGACAUCCUCACUUACCUCGUGAGGAAAAACUUCAUCCCUAUGAGUAGAAUAGAUGAUGCUGUCAGGAGGAUAUUACGUGUUAAAUUCAUGACAGGUCUGUUUGACAACCCAAUUGCAGAUCUCAGCUUGAAGAGCUACUUGGGCAGCCAGGAACACAGAGAACUGGCAAGAGAAGCCGUAAGAAAGUCACUUGUCCUCUUGAAGAAUGGCAAAACAGCAGAUCAUCCAUUACUUCCCCUUCCAAAGAAAGCAACAAAGAUUCUCGUGGCUGGGACCCACGCGGAUAACUUAGGCUACCAAUGUGGGGGCUGGACUAUAACGUGGCAGGGUCUUGGAGGCAAUGACAUCACAAACGGGACUACCAUGUUAUCUGCCGUGAAAAGAAGCGUCGAGCCGUCCACACAAGUUAUCCACCAAGAGAAUCCAGACACAAAAUUUGUCAGUGGCAAUCGCUUUGACUAUGCCAUUGUUGUAGUCGGGGAGGUUCCCUAUGCAGAGAUGUUUGGGGACAGCUCCACUCUUACAAUACCUGAACCCUGUAUCACUACCAUCAACAAUGUCUGUGGCAUUGUACAAUGUGUGGUGGUCAUCGUCUCUGGCCGUCCAGUUGUGCUUGAGCCUUUUGUUAGUAAGAUAGAUGCACUUGUGGCUGCUUGGCUUCCGGGAACUGAAGGCCAAGGUGUCACAGAUCUUUUAUUUGGUGACUAUGGGUUCACGGGAAAGCUUGCUCGAACUUGGUUCAAGUCAGUCGAUCAACUCCCUAUGAAUGUUGGUGAUCCAAAUUACGACCCAUUGUUUCCUUUCGGAUUUGGUCUCUUGACGAAACCUGUAUAAAAGGAAUUUCAAAAAAAUAAAAUGUCUCUGUUCACAUUUCUCUGUGUUAUCCACUACUCUCAGUAUCAUGUGUGAAUAAGUUUGCACAGAUUCACUGAUACAAAUCGUUGAUAUUUAGUCUUCAUAAAAAUGUACCUUGUGUGUGUGUGUGUGUGUUUGUUAGGUUAUUACUGUAUUUCUUUCCCUUAAAAGACAAGCACACAACGUAUAACUUUGAUAA